CCCUCGGCAGGCUCCCGGCGCGCCAGAGCCCGAGGCCAAGCCGGGUGAGCCCCAGGGCGCGCGCCUCUCCUCGCUGGCGAGGCUGAAGGUAGAGCCGAGGGAAGGAGGCGGAGGCGGAGGCGGAAAGGAUGGGCAGCAAGGAAGAUGCGGGCAAGGGGUGUCCGGCGGCCGGUGGCGUCUCCAGCUUCACCAUCCAGUCCAUCCUGGGCGGGGGCCCUUCGCAGACGCCGCGGGAGCCGGCUGGCUGGCCGGCCCGGAAGCGCAGCCUGUCAGUGUCCUCGGAGGAGGAGGAGCCGGACGACGGCUGGAAGGCGCCGGCCUGCUUCUGCCCAGACCCGCACGGCCCCAAGGAGCCGGGCCCCAAGCACCACCCCCCCAUCCCUUUUCCUUGCCUGGGUACCCCGAAGGGCAACGGAGGCGCGGGGCCGGCGGGCUCGGAGCGCACGCCUUUCCUCUCUCCGUCGCCCCCGGACUUUAAGGAGGAGAAAGAGAGGCUGUUGCCCGCGGGCUCGCCCUCCCCCGGGCCCGAGCGGCCGCGGGACGGCGGCGGCGAGCGGCAGGCGGGCGCGGCCAAGAAGAAGACGCGCACCGUGUUCUCGCGCAGCCAGGUGUACCAGCUGGAGUCCACCUUCGACAUGAAGCGCUACCUGAGCAGCUCGGAGCGCGCCUGCCUCGCCUCCAGUCUGCAGCUCACCGAGACGCAGGUCAAGACUUGGUUCCAGAACCGCCGCAACAAGUGGAAGCGGCAGCUCUCGGCCGAGCUGGAGGCGGCCAACAUGGCGCACGCGUCGGCGCAGACUCUGGUGGGCAUGCCGCUCGUGUUCCGGGACAGCUCGCUGCUGCGCGUGCCGGUGCCGCGCUCGCUCGCCUUCCCGGCGCCGCUCUACUACCCGGGCGGCGGCCUCUCGGCCCUGCCGCUCUACAACCUGUACAACAAGCUGGACUACUGACCCGGCUCGAGCUGCCAGAGACGUGAAGAAAUACACCAUGUGUAUUCGUUAGCUCUUAUUUAUGGCCUCCGUCCUGCUUUUUUGUUUUCAUCCUUUCGGGUAUUUAUCGGCGUCCCGCGAGCCGGAUCGCCUGCUUGCUACCCAGCCCAAACCAAUGCGCUUUGAAAGCCCACCUCGGAGGGGGAUGCCCUCGGGUGGGCGGUGGUGGCGGUGGGAAAGGGGGUCUUGGCCAAGUCGGAACGCCGGCAGCACCCGGUGCCCACCUCCCCGCCCCCGUAGGCACACCUGUACAUAUGCACCUGCACGCGCGCUCCGCCGCGCCAGGCCCUCGGGGCUUCGGACAACUCUCUAACCGCCUCUCAUCCUGAGGAUGGGUAGGGGCGAAAGGGGUAAGAGUCCAGAUCUGUAAAUAUUUUUAAAGAGGAAAAAAAAUAAAACGUUUUAAACAUCGUUGUUAACUUCGGAAGGGCUUUUUGCCCGGCACGCUGCCACGCGCAAAGUUUUCUCCCCGUUCCGUGGAAAGCCUUGCGGGCUGCUGGCUGGAAACACGUGCGAAUGGGGCCGGGGCCAAGGGGUAAAGGUCGGGACCUUGGCGCCGCCCAGGCGGCACGUGGCCGGAGCUUCGUUCCCUUUCCAACCCCUUGUCGGUGCCUCUGAGCCCGGCGCGGGCUGGGGCGCACCCCGGCUGGAGUCAGACAAAAGCGGGGAGGCAGGCCUCGCCGCUGGAGCGGGUGCCUUCCCGGAACGAGCUUGGCCGAAGCAGGGCACCGCCGGACGUGGCGCAGGCUGGGCCGCGCGUCUCCUCUCCGAGCGCGGAGGGCUAGCGGUGGCGCUGCCUGCACCCAGCGAGUCAUCCCCCAGGGCUCGCCGCGAACCUUGGCGCCACCGGCUUGCAGCCGCACCGCGCUCCGCAGCUGGUGCCGCGGCCGCGCGUCCCGCCCCAAGCGGGAAUGGGCGCCGCAAGGCCGCACUUCGGCCCAGAAGGGUUCCCAGGCCCAAGACCAGGCGAGGCAAGAUCUGGAGGCACAGGCGCUUCCGAACCGCACUCACUGGUUUUUGUUAGCGGUUUGCAUUGUGCGUGGCUCAAUGACCGGGUCACGGGGCAGCGGCCGGCCACUUGCUCCGAAUGGAUGCGUGGCGCGCGGGGCGGGGAGGGCGCCGCGCGCGGAGAACGGCUGCGGGACAGCAGUGCACGUAGUCUGCGGUCCUUCUGCUUAGGUCGCAGCCACCUGUUUCUCGGGAAACAUCGGAAAGGCGAGCCUGGGCUUGUAGGAGGCUGCUGGUUUGGCACGGGGCGGGCGUGGGGGGGGGGGUGGCGAGCGGAGUCUGUGCGAGGGAGCCGGAGACCCCAGAGGGCCGCAGCACCCAGGCCGGCCCCCACCCUCCAGAGGGGAAACAUGGGAAGGAGAGACUUCUCCUGGAGAGAGAUCGAAAUCACUACGUUUUCUGAAAAUCCCAACCGAGUAUCUGCAGACCGAGCGACAUGCAGUGUUAGUGGGAAGUGCUUGGCCCAAAAGCCCCAAUCUGAUAUUGUCCAGUGUAAGAUUUUUUUUCCCUCCUUGUAUUCGACUUCAUAAAGAUCACGAUCUAUUCCAAGGUGACGUCAGAAGGAAGUUAGUGAGAGCUAACUGCCGACACUAGGUUGGUUCAGCUGCAUUUAUUUCAUUUCAGCGAGUUCACGCCAAUAUUGACUGAGCCCUGGAACCCGGGAGAGCCGAGGCUAACCACUGGGCAGUGGGAGGGAAGCCGGCAGCGGCGCUGGGCCUGUUUGCUUCCGAUUUAUUAUGGGCACUACUUUAUUUCAAUGGUCUCUCUCUCCAGAUGACUCUCUUUAAAUGAUUUCUCUCUAACUUUGCUGCUUGAAUAUUCCACGCAGACACGAUCAAAUUACUUCCGAGGAGCUACGUGCAGAGGGUUAGUCCGUCCCUGUCAGUUUUCGUCUGCAUUUCAAUAUGUUGCAGUUUUUUUUUUUUUUAAUGAGAUGAUGGUUUUAACAGCGUUGGAUCACUGUGUUCCUAGGUUCACUUCUCUUAUAGGAAGUGGCCAUGUUAGUCACUGUGUGCAUUUAAUCACUGUUUUGCCCUUAACAUUUGAGGGAAUGUCGCUUACAGUUUGUCAAAAUGUGUAUAUUUCACUCUUUUUUUUACUAAUCCAAAAUUGCCAA